AUGGCUUCAUACUUACCGCAAGAAGAGUUUGAAACUAACGUUUAUAAAUAUGACGAGACCCCAGAAAACAAGUCAUGGGCUUCGACCUUGCCAACAGCAAAAGGUUUGUACAACCCAGAAUACGAGAAAGAUGCGUGUGGGGUAGGAUUCACCUGUCAUAUCAAGGGAGAAGCUUCCCACAAAAUAGUUUCUGAUUGUAGAAAUUUGUUAUGUAACAUGACCCAUAGAGGUGGUGAGUUAAAUCCUAAGGAUGGUGACGGUGCAGGGUUGUUAUCUUCUUUGCCACACAAGUUUUUUUUGAGAGAGUUCAAGUAUUACUGUAAUAUUGACUUGCCAAAAUUGGGCCAAUACGGUACCGGUAAUAUUUUUUUCAAGAAAGACGACAUUGUAUUUGAAAAAUCCAGAAAAACGUUUGAGAGCAUCGCUAACACCUUAGGAUUAAAGGUUUUAGGAUGGAGAAAAGUUCCUCACGACUCUUCCAUUUUAGGGCCAGCUUCGUUGUCGAGAGAACCAUUGAUUUUGCAACCAGCAAUUGUAUUGAGCGAGUUAUUUGAUGGCCAACAUAAAGAAAUAUCGGAAGAAGAAUUUGAAAAGAACUAUCAAAUGGACUUUGAAAAGAAAUUAUUCAUCUUAAGAAAGCAAAGUACCCAUACUAUUGGAUUACACAAUUGGUUUUAUAUUUGUUCCUUGUCGUCAAAAACUAUCGUCUAUAAAGGUCAGUUAGCUCCAAACCAAGUCUAUGCUUAUUAUCAUGAUUUGGCGAAUGCUGAAUACGAGGCCCAUUUUGCUUUAGUUCAUUCCCGUUUCUCCACCAAUACAUUUCCAUCAUGGGACAGAGCGCAACCAUUAAGAUGGGCUGCACACAAUGGGGAAAUCAAUACCUUAAGAGGUAACAAAAACUGGAUGAGGGCCAAGGAAGGUGUUAUGGAAUCCGAAUUAUUCGGUGAUGAAUUAGAUAAAUUAUACCCUAUUAUUGAAGAGGGGGGUUCGGAUUCGGCUGCUUUUGAUAAUGUUUUGGAACUAUUAGUUAUUAAUGGUGUUUUAUCCUUACCAGAGGCAGUGAUGAUGUUAAUUCCAGAGGCUUGGCAAAACGACAUCCACAUUGAUUCGAAGAAAAAGGCAUUUUAUGAAUGGGCUGCAUGCCUUAUGGAACCUUGGGAUGGUCCAGCUUUAUUUACAUUUGCUGACGGUAGAUACUGUGGUGCGAAUUUAGAUCGUAAUGGUUUAAGACCUUGUCGUUAUUAUGUCACUGACGAUGAUCGUAUGAUCUGUGCUUCUGAAGUUGGAGUAAUUGAAAUUGAACCAGAAAAGAUUUUACAAAAGGGUCGGUUGCAGCCAGGUAGAAUGUUGUUAGUUGAUACAAAAGAAGGCAGGAUCGUUGAUGAUCGUGAAUUGAAGAAUAAAGUUGCUUCAAGGUUUGACUUUAAGUCAUGGGUUUUAGCUAAUAUGAUUAGCAUGGAUGAUUUAUUUAGUAAAUUAGAAUCAAGAAAUGUUAAUUUAAUUGAAAACCCAGAAUCUCAAGAUAUAACAGUUCAAACUGAUCCUAGGUUAGUUGCAUUCGGUUAUUCUCAUGAACAAAUAUCAAUGGUUUUAGCACCUAUGGCCGAGGCUAAAGAAGCCUUAGGUUCUAUGGGUAAUGAUAAUGCAUUAGCAUGUAUUUCGGAACAACCCAAAUUAUUAUAUGACUAUUUCCGUCAAUUAUUCGCCCAAGUUACCAAUCCACCUAUUGAUCCAAUAAGAGAGGAAAUUGUUAUGUCUUUAGAAUGCUACGUUGGGCCUCAAGGUAACUUAUUGGAAAUGAAACCAGACCAGUGUAACAGGUUAUUAUUAAAAUCUCCUGUCUUAUCGUCUUUAGAGUUGAAUGCUAUCAAAAAUAUUGAAAAAGUUUAUCCAAAAUGGUCCGUUACCAAUAUUGAUAUCACAUUUGAUAAAGCUGAAGGUAUUCAAGGUUAUAUUAAUAAAAUCGAUAAUAUUUGUCAAGCAUCUUCUAAAGCUAUUGCUGACGAUCAUCAAAUUAUUAUUUUGUCUGACAAGCUCACAAGCUUUAAUAGAAUCCCAAUUUCUGCAUUAAUCGCCACUGGUGCAGUUCAUCAUCAUUUGGUUAGACAAAAGCAACGUUCGAAAGUGGCCAUUAUAAUUGAAACUGCAGAAGCAAGAGAAGUUCAUCAUGCAUGUUGUUUAGUUGGUUAUGGUGCUGAUGGUAUCAAUCCAUAUUUGGCUUUAGAAACUUUGGUUCGUAUGAAUAUAGAAAAUUUGUUGAAAGCGUCCUUGACUGACGAUCAAAUUAUUAAGAACUAUAAGAUAGCAGUUGAUUCUGGUAUUUUAAAGGUCAUGUCAAAGAUGGGUAUUUCGACUUUAGCUUCGUAUAAAGGCGCUCAAAUUUUUGAAGCUUUGGGUGUAGAUAAUUCUGUGAUUGACAGAUGUUUUGCUGGUACUGCUUCAAGAAUUAAAGGUAUUACUUUUGAGUAUAUCGCCCAAGAUGCUUUUUCUUUACACGAUGUAGGUUACCCAUCAAGAGAAACUAUAAAGCCUGUUGCAUUGCCAGAGACAGGUGAAUAUCACUGGAGAGAUGGGGGUGAUUCUCAUAUUAAUGAACCUGCAGCCAUAGCCUCUAUGCAGGAUGCGGUAAAGAAUAAGAAUGAGAUCGCUUAUGAAGCAUACUCUAAGAAAGAAUAUGAAGCAAUUAAGAAAUGUACUUUGAGAGGUUUACUCGAUUUUGACUAUGAAAACUCUCAGUCGAUUCCAAUUGAUCAAGUUGAACCAUGGACCGAAAUAGUGCGUCGUUUCUUCACUGGGGCAAUGUCUUACGGGUCAAUCUCGAUGGAAGCUCAUUCUACUUUAGCAGUCGCCAUGAAUAGAUUAGGUGGUAAGUCAAAUACAGGUGAGGGUGGUGAGGAUUCAGCUAGGUCUUUGGUUCAUUCGAAUGGUGAUACCAUGAGGUCUUCUAUCAAGCAAAUUGCAUCUGGAAGAUUUGGUGUUACUUCUUAUUAUUUAUCUGACGCUGAUGAGUUACAGAUUAAAAUGGCCCAAGGUGCUAAGCCUGGUGAAGGUGGUGAAUUACCAGGUCAUAAAGUGUCUGAGCAGAUUGGUAAAACUAGACAUUCUACCCCAGGUGUUGGUUUAAUUUCUCCUCCACCACAUCAUGAUAUUUACUCCAUUGAAGAUUUGAAACAAUUGUUGUACGAUUUAAAAUGCUCGAAUCCUAGAGCAAGGACUUCUGUUAAAUUAGUUUCCGAAGUUGGUGUAGGUAUUGUUGCUGCAGGUGUGGCUAAAGCUGGCUCAGAAAAUAUUUUGAUUUCUGGUGGUGAUGGUGGGACAGGAGCCGCCAAAUUAACUUCAAUUAAAUAUGCUGGUUUACCUUGGGAGUUAGGAUUGGCAGAAUCCCAUCAAACUUUAGUUUUGAAUGACAUAAGAGGUAGGGUCAUUUUGCAGACUGACGGCCAACUUAGAACCGGGCGUGAUAUCGCAGUCGCUGCUUUAUUGGGAGCAGAAGAAUGGGGGUUUGCAACUACUCCUUUAAUUGCGUUGGGGUGUAUCAUGAUGCGUCGGUGUCUUGCAUCGGAUACUCUUGUUAGAACUUCUGAAGGUGACAAACCCGUUGCGGAAGUUGCUAUUGGAGAUUACUUAUUGGAUGCAGAAGAUAAGCCAGUGUUGUGUAUGGGCGCUAACCCAUCCCAAACUGGUAGAAUGAAAGAAAUUGCUUACCAAGAUUUUGAUUCCAAGAAGAGGGUAUCAUUCAAAUGCACCCCAGAUCACCACCUUGAGCUAACACUUACAGAUUCUACGCCUUCUUUGUCUGGUAAGAGUGUUACGUGGUUUAGUCGCUGCACCGGUGCACAUCUUAGCGAGGAAGUAUCUGAGGUUUAUUUAGAUAAUAUGGUAAGCAUCUUUUACAAUGACCUAGUUGAUUCAACAGAUUCAGCAGUUGAUAAAGAUUCAAUUCAUGAAGCUGUUGAUCUUGCUUUAGAAGAUCAUUAUCACCGUGGUAACAGUGAUCAAUACUCAAUUCAUCUUAAUGAGUACAUCAGCAGAAUCGCUGACAAGGAGCUUCAGAAUGAACCAGAAUUUAUCAGAGAAUGUAUCCAUGAUGCUGCCAAUCGUUUUGUUAUCACCAGCUCGGGUAACAGGAAUAUUAAAUCAGAAUCAUUUGAUGAUAAACUCCUGCUUUCUAGGUCUAGAUCAUCAACAGCUGAUUCAGAUUCUGACUAUGUUAUUACGGAUGCCUCGGUUCACUCCCAUUCAAACAAUUCGUCAGUGUAUCUUGCAUCUCCUGAUAGCAUGAUUCCUGACGGCGCGGCAAAUCGAUUUGAAAAUAUUGCUAGCAAGUUAAAAGAACCUGUUUGCAACUGUGGUGGUAUCCGUAAAAUUUUCCGUUCGUUUGGAACCACAGAAGAUGCCGAAUUGGCAUAUUCCCUUUUGCUUAGCGAACAUUAUUAUAGGCUUGACCCAAGAUUUGUUACAGAUGGCUACACUUUCCAAGCUAGUGUUGAACAGUAUGAAAAUAUGUGCUCUCAGGAAGUUCAGAAUAUGCACUUGAAAUUGUAUCGUUCCCCACUAAAAUUUGUUGAAAGAGAACAUAAUUCAGCUGAACUCCCUGUUGAUCCUUACUUCUUAGGUUUAUGGUUAGGCGAUGGUGACUCCUCUGGUACAACAAUCAUGACUACUGAUCGUGAGAUAGUUGUCUGGUUGAAUUCAUAUGUAGAACGUCUUAAUCAAAAUAAACCAGAAGGCUGUUUCCCCUUGAAGUUAACGGAACAACUUAUUUACGGAGCUGGGCAUACAAGUAAGAGCGGACACACGACGAAAGUCGAUGUUCGUAAUUACAAGAUCAGCUCUGGUGACGCGUUUGUACGUUCGGGCACUUAUUGGAAUCCGAUAUUUGAUGGUCUAAAAAAAUUAGGUUUACUUAACAACAAAUCAGCCGGUAUUCCACAGGAAUACAUGAAUAGUGAUGAACAAAACCGUUUAUCUGUUAUUGCAGGUUUGAUGGAUAGUGAUGGUUGUUAUGUAAAAUCACACAAUACCUACCGAUUCACUCAAUUAACAGAAGAUCAUAAGAAGAUCGUUUAUGAUUUGAAAGAAUUAGCGCUUUCUUGUGGAAUCAAUACUACGGGAGUUGAGCUGAGUGUAAAGCCGUUGGGUUUUAACAAACAUAAGCAUUCUACAGAAUACGUUGUUUAUUUAGGAAAUGGUUCUCAGAAAUUUCAAGAAUUGCUUUUGCUUCCUAGAAAGAAGAUGGAGAUAAGUAAAAAGCACGUAUCACUUGAUGCACGGCCAUUCACUGUUUCUGAUGUUGAAGACGGCGAGUUCAGAGCUAUCGAAGUAAGUGGGGGUGUAUUCCAACUUGCAAAUCGCCUAGUGGUUGCUAAUUGUCACCUAAACACAUGCCCUGUAGGAAUUGCAACCCAAGACCCUGAAUUGAGAAAAAAGUUUACUGGUACACCCGAGCAUGUUAUUAAUUUUUUCUAUUAUUUGGCUAAUGAAUUGAGGGGUAUUAUGGCUAACCUAGGAUUUAGAACGGUUAAUGAGAUGAUCGGAAGAACGGAGAAAUUGAAAGUCAGAGAAGAUUUAAGAAAUACCAAGAAUGCUAAUAUGGAUUUGUCCCCAAUCUUGACGCCUGCUCACACCAUUCGACCAGGUGUCGCGACACACUGCGUCAAAAAACAAGAUCAUAGAUUACAUGUUAGAAUUGAUAACAAGUUAAUUGAUGAAUCUGAAAUAACUUUAGCAAAGGGUUUACCCGUUACCAUCGACUGUGAUGUUGUUAAUACUGAUCGUUCUUUGGGUACGACUUUAUCGUAUAGGGUUUCAAAGACCUUUGGCGAACAAGGCUUACCACAUGAUACAAUCCAUGUUAAUGUAAAUGGUUCUGCUGGCCAAUCCUUUGGUGCAUUUUUAGCACCCGGAAUUACAUUGGAAUUAGAAGGUGAUGCCAAUGAUUACGUAGGUAAAGGUUUGUCUGGUGGUAGAAUUAUUGUCUACCCACCAAAGGAAUCCAAGUUCAAUGCUGAAGACCAAAUUAUUGCUGGGAAUACAGCAUUUUUCGGUGCUACUUCAGGUGCUGCGUUUAUACGAGGGAUUGCCGCAGAAAGAUUCGCAGUUAGAAAUUCUGGUGCGAACAUUGUUGUUGAAGGUACGGGCGAUCAUGGAUGUGAAUAUAUGUCUGGUGGUAGAGUUGUUGUUUUAGGGUCUACAGGUCGUAAUUUUGCAGCCGGUAUGUGUGGUGGUAUCGCGUAUGUUUUAGAUAUGGCACAGGAUUUUGGUGAUAAAGUUAAUAGUCAAAAUGUUGAACUCUCACAAAUUACAGAAGCAUCUGAAAUUGCAUUUGUAAGAGGUUUGAUUGAAGACCAUCGUCAUUAUACUUCAUCUGCAGUUGCUGAAAAUAUUUUGAACAAUUUUAACAGAAUUUUACCAAGAUUUGUUAAGGUUUUGCCUUAUGAUUAUAAGAAGGUGUUAGAAAAUGAAAAGAAAAAGCAAGAGGAAGCUAAAAAGAAUGAACUUAAUACUUUCAUCAAGUCAAUUAAGGAAGACCCUGAAAGUGAUGCAACUAACGGCGAAGCUGCUAAAAUUAGGAAAGGACAUAUUCACCGUCCAAGUCUGGCUACGGUAUCUGCUAAGGAUUGUAGCCACGAACCAAACGUUUUGGAUUUGGAAGAUACUAUUUUUGACACCGAAGUUGAAAAGAAGUCAGUUGCUAAAUUGGAUAAAUUGAAGGGGUUUAUGAAGUACAAACGCCGUAAUGAGAAGUAUAGAGAUGCCAAGAAGAGAACUAAUGAUUGGAAUGAAAUGACUUCGAGACUAACGAAGGAUGAAUUGAAAUAUGAAACUGCUAGAUGUAUGGAUUGUGGUGUUCCAUUCUGUACGUCGGAUACAGGUUGUCCAAUUUCAAACGUUAUCCCAAAAUGGAAUGAAUUAGUUUUCCAGGAUAGAUGGUAUGAUGCAUUGCAGAGAUUAUUAAUGACCAACAACUUCCCAGAAUUUACUGGCAGAAUUUGUCCAGCCCCAUGUAACGGUGCUUGUGUCUUAGGUAUUAACAGCGAUCCUGUCAAUAUUAAAUCGGUCGAAUGUGCCAUUAUCGACCAUGGUUUUGAACAAGGUUGGAUUAAACCAGAACCACCUCAACAUAGAACUGGUAAAUCUAUUGCAGUUAUUGGUUCUGGCCCAGCCGGUUUAGCUACAGCUGAUCAAUUAAAUAAGGCUGGACAUUCCGUGAAGGUAUAUGAAAGAAGCGACAGACCAGGUGGUUUAUUAAUGUAUGGUAUUCCAAACAUGAAAUUAGAUAAAAGAAUUGUCAAGCGUAGAACUGAUUUGAUGACUGCGGAAGGAGUUGAAUUUAUCUGUUCAACAACCAUUGGUGAAGAUAUUUCCAUCGAAGAAAUCAGAUCUUCUAAUGAUGCAGUCGUCUUUGCGGUUGGUUCAACCAUUCCCAGAGAUCUUAGAAUCAAGGGUCGUGAAUUGAAUAAUAUCAAUUUUGCAAUGCAGCUUUUACAUAAAAAUACUAAAGCAUUGCUAGACAAUGAUUUAGAGGAAAUCAAAAAGACAUUAGAAGGUAAACAUGUCAUUGUCAUUGGUGGUGGUGACACUGGUAAUGAUUGUUUAGGUACAUCAACGAGGCAUGGAGCCAAAUCAGUCACCAACUUUGAAUUAUUACCUAACCCGCCAACUUCAAGACCAAAAGAUAACCCAUGGCCUCAGUGGCCAAGAGUUUUUAGGGUUGAUUAUGGUCACACUGAAGUCACUGAGCAUUAUGGUAAAGACCCAAGAGAAUAUUCCAUUUUAUCUAAGGAAUUUGUGGACGACGGCGAAGGCAAUGUGAAAGGUAUCAAGACCAUUAGGGUUGAAUGGAAACGCUCGGAUAGUGGGGCAUGGCAAAUGGCUGAGGUUCCAGGAAGUGAAGAAUUUUUCUCUGCCGAUGUUGUCUUGUUGUCGAUGGGGUUUGUUGGACCCGAUGCUGAUAAUUUAGAAGUCACGAAGACUAAGAGAGGUACAAUUUCAACUGUGGAACCAAAUGGUUACAAGGUAAGUAACGAGGAUAACUUAUUUACUGCAGGUGACUGUAGAAGAGGUCAAUCGUUAGUUGUUUGGGGUAUCCAAGAAGGAAGGCAAUGUGCCAGAGAGGUUGAUAACUAUCUCAUGGGCUCUUCAAGAUUACCAGGUAACGGAUCAAUCGAGCAACGUAAUUUCAAGUUGUUAGAAGAAUUAGCUGAAAAAGUUUAA